GUUCUUUUGCUACCUUUGCGUUUGUCCUGUUGUAGCAGCGUCGAUGGGCACUUGCUUUGUCAUUCCCUUGUAACUUCCAACGGCAGCAAGGGCGAAAGAGGCCUCUCGAUACUUCAUAUCUUCGAACCCUCUCAACCCCCUCCCCUUCUUCCAACAAUCAUCGCAUUCACCCACCCUAGUCUAUCCUUUGAAUGGAUGUUGAUACACAGGACUCCUGAAGGCCCUUACGCUCGACACUCGACAUAUUUAUUGCCUUCCCUAGACACAAGACGCCGACGCCAGCCAUGCCGAACGAUCGCGACCAACGGUACGAUGCCGUGCCGCCAAUCCCGAGCUACGAUGAGGCCAUGUCCAACCCCAACCACGCAGACUGGCCACCGCCAGGCAUCACCGAAUCCUGAGACCGAAUCACACGGGCUCUUGAGCUCCCAUAACAACGCUGCCUCGUCGUCAUCACGACGACCCACCGGCUACCGAGAACCGACCGUAGAAACGGAUGACGAGGACAGCCUGUUCUACAGCAGCGAUGACGGCGACGAAACGGCCUACGUGCGGCGGGAGAUGCAGGAGCUCGAGAUGGACGACGCCGGCAACGCGAGACCCUCCCUAUGGGGCAAGAGAAUUCCCUUCUCCUUAUCACUACCAAAUUGGAAAUGGUCCUGGCGACCGCGCUUGCCAAGGUUGCGACGCACCGUCAUGCUGCCCCAGCGCCCGGCGGCCGACCCCUCGACGACAGCAAACGACGGCGACGCGAGCACAGAGCAGGAGACGGCGCGACCGCGCUUCCGGUGGCCCAACCUCGAGGGCGCCAACGGCAAGCACGCGGCCAUUAUACUGGUGCGCAUCUUUGCGGGCUUCCUCGUCAUGUCGUUUGUCUACUUGAUCUUCAUGAGCGACAUCUUCUCGACCAUGGCGCGCAGGUUCGGCACGGGCCUGCGCUUCGACCCGGAAGACGUGCGCAUGUGGGUGCAGGGCCAUGUCGAGAACGCGGCCAUGCUCAAGACGGUCAAGCACUACACAAGCUUUGCUCAUAUUGCCGGCACCGAGGGCGACUAUGGCUACGCUAUGGACAUGGAGACCAUGUUCCACAGGGCGGGCAUGGACUUUGUGCACAUUGACCAGUAUGACGUCUACCUUAACUACCCAAAGGCGAACGGCAGGGCGGUGGAGAUUCUGGACGAAGCAGGCGAGAAGGCGACGUGGAAGGCAAAAAUGGAGGAGAAGGAAGUUGGCGGGGAGAUUGCAGGACACCAGACCUUUUCGUUCCAUGGCCACUCAAAGGCUGGUGACGUCAAGGGUCCUCUCGUGUACGCUAACUACGGCUCAAGGGAGGACUUUGCGCUGCUGAAGGACAAGGAGAUCAUCACCGAAGGAGCGAUUGCUCUGGUGCGGUACUACGGUUCGCAACCGGAUCUGGCCUUGAAGGUGAAGGCUGCCCAGGAUGCAGGCUUUGUAGGAUGCCUGGUGUAUAGCGACCCUGAGGACGACGGGUUCAGGCAAGGAGACGUGGCGCCAGCCGGCCGCUUCAUGCCUGAAGAUGGCGUUCAGAGGGGAUCUGUCAGCUUGACGAACAUGGUCAUCGGCGACGUCCUGACCCCUGGAUGGGGCAGCAAGGAGGGCGUUCCACGGAUGAAGGUGGGCCAGACGCCCGGUCUUGUGUGGAUCCCAAGUUUGCCACUGGCAUGGCGAGACGCACAAGUGCUGCUGCAGCACCUCAAAGGCGUGGGCCAGAAGGUUCCUGAGGAGUGGAAGGGAGGUGUGCCCAAUGUUGACGAAUGGUGGACUGGCAACGCCUCAUCACCGAUUGUGCGUCUGAAGAACGAGCAGGACGAGGAAAAGAAGCAGCCGAUCUGGAACGUUUACGGCAAGAUUGAGGGCAUCGAGCAGUCCGAGAAGACGAUCAUGGUGGGCAACCAUCGCGACGCCUGGGCCUUCGGAGCAACAGACCCCCAUACCGGUACCGCCAUCAUGAUGGAGGUUGCGCGACUCUUCGGCAUCUUGCUGCUAAAGGGCUGGCGCCCACUGCGAACCAUCGAGUUCAUGUCUUGGGAUGGCGAGGCCUACAACAUGAUCGGCUCGACCGAAUUUGUCGAAACUCACGCGGACAAGCUGCGCGAAAAUGGUUGCGCCUAUAUCAACCUCGCCGGAGCUGUUGCUGGCAGCGAGCUCCACGCGUCCGGCUCACCCGUGUUCCAGUCUGUGCUGAACCGAAUUCUCGAGCGUAUCGAGGAUCCCCACCACAACAUGACGCUGCGGGAGCUCUGGGACAAGCGAGGGGGGAAGAUCGAGGAGCCGAGCGUCCGCAGCGACUCUGUGCCGUUCCUGGACAUUGCAGGCACCAGCACUCUCGACCUGAGCUUCCGUGGCGACCCACACCCGCAAUACUCUAGCUACGACAAUUUUGACUGGAUGAAGCGCAUCGGCGACCCAGGAUUCGUGUAUCACGGUCUGAUGGCCCAGGUCGUCGCUUUCCUUUGCCUCGAACUGGCUGACCGCCCUAUUAUGCCUUUUGACAUGGAGGCCUACGGCGUCAAACUUGACAAGUGGGCCGAAGAGCUCACCGAAUGGUCAAAGGAGAAAAUCAAGGCUGCCGGCCAGGAAAAAACCUUCUCCAUUGAUCCCAUCAAGAUUGCCAUCCACGACGUCACGUUCCCAGCGAUCCGCGACGCCAUUGAGGACGCGAAUUGGGAGUUGGCGCGCAAGCUCGUCGAGAAGACGUCAGUCCUGAUCCGCAACGCCGCGAAGGUGCUGCUCGAUCAGCAAACCGACGAGGUGCCAGGGCGGUGA